AUGCCAACUCUAUUACCUUCAAACAUUCUUUGCCACUCUCUCAGACUUCCACGGUUGGAUGAAGAGGCUCAGAGGACACUCUCAGAUGCCGAAAAAAGGGCUUUGACUCUGAGCUGUCGCACAGGUGCUGCAGUCCAUCUGAAUAGAUCAUCAGUCUUCGUAAAUGGAGGUCUAACAAUCCCUUUGGGUUUGCCACAGGUUAAUUCUGCCUCUCUACAACAGGAACUAAUAUUAUAUUUUGCUCGGGAGCGUCAGUCCUCAUCAAGCUUUCAAAACCUCAGUGAAUGGAUAAGUAAUGAAACUUUCGAAUUGGAUUUAAUUUCCCGCAGAUGGGAACGAGUGGUGACGAAUGCUAAUCCCUCCUUAGACGAACGCGAUUCUGACUCGAAGACUACAGCCCCCAUAGCAGGACGCAUCUUCCACUCUAUGUGCUGUUGCGAUGGCUUCUUGUACGUUUUUGGAGGUUUGGUUGUUUCUCAACAAUCCAAUUAUGAGUUCAUCGCGACAAAUGAACUUUGGGCACUCGACUUAGUGUCACGAGUUUGGACACUGAUCGGGAGUGAUCCCUCGAUUACUCGUCGUUUUAAUCACAGUAUGCACGUUCUCAACGAGGAAAAACAUGACAAGGAUACUUUAAUUGUUAUUAUCGGUGGGCUUAACAAUAUGGAUAGGCCGGUACACGUAGUAGAUGUCUACAAUAUCACUCAGAAUAGGUGGGAAUCUGGAGAUGAUAGUUCAGCUUCUGGUGAUCUCGUAGAUCUAGUUGCCAACGUGGAUGGGCAAAAUACGCAACUAGUCAAGGGUACCAACUUUUCGUUACUUAUGGAGCGCAAUGAAUCUCAAACAUCAGAUUUAAUACUUUAUGUGCCAACAGACGAUACUACGGAUACACGAAGCAAUCCUCUUGUAAGUCUUCCGUUAAUGCCCAAUGCUAAGGGUUCGCGAAUGCCAUUUUACCACGCUAGUGAGGACACGAAAAAGAGACUUCAAAUGCCAUUUCAUCUCCAGUAUCCAUCUGGUGGAUGCUUUGGACAGAACAUCAUUAUCUCAGGUUUUCAUCCCAAAGUGCAUUCUUCAAACUUUCAUUGCUUUACCUACAAUAUUCCCUCAGGAAAAUGGACUGAAAUAAGUACUUCAUGUGAUGAUUCUGAUGUGAUGAAUCAUAACCUUGGACAGUUGUUUGUUUGGAAGUCUCACCAUAAAGUAGUAUUUCUAGGUUCAAAAGAUAGCAGCGACUGGUUGCCCAGUAUACAAACUUUUGAUACAAUCAUCUGCAUAUCAUUACCCGUUAUAAGUGUUUUCCAUCAAGCAAUUGGUUAUCAACUGUCAGGAGAAAAAAGUGGAACCAGUCUCGAUUCGACCAAAAGUAAUCGUGAUAACUUUGAAAGCUAUUCCAGAUAUAUCGCUCCUCCCCUCGAAAUAACUUCAAUCGCGUCUGUUCUACCAUCUCAUGCGAUGGCAUUAGGUAAGGAUGCCCUCGAACUCUACGGAAAAUAUCUCUCGGAUUUCGAAUUUAUAACAGAGGAAGGGGAUUCAGUCAGUGCUUCGACUUUUUUACUUAGGAAAAGAUGGGGACGUUUCUUUGAUACAAUACUUGCAGAAGGCUACGUGAAGGCUUCUCUUGAAUUUGAAAGCCAUAACAUACAUAACGAAUUCACAAAGCUUUCGGGCGAUUCUUCCAGUCAACAUUUUUCACAAGCCAGCCAGCAUUUUGAUAGUAUUGGGUCGAAAGAGCAGCCAGGAUAUUCGCAGGAAUCUGUAGAUGAGACAGCAAAUAAGGCCGAUGUGAGUGCGUUAAUACCAACGAUUUAUCCAUUGCUCAACAGGAAAUCCACUCCACUUUUCUUUGCCAAUCGUCCGACAAUGAAUGGUCUUUUUACUCCAUCAAGAGAAAAUCCCAGUGAAUACGAUUUAGAUCAUUCUAAGUCCGAACACUCAGCUCUGCCGUCAUCGCAAACUUCUAUACGUGGCCCGAAAGAACAAUCAGAUCAAACAAAUCAUGAAGUAUCCUCAGCUGGAUCGAAUAAAACAACUAGUUCUUCGACAGGAAUGAUCUUUAGAUUACCAUUCCAAGAGUGUGGCGAGACCACACAUUCUGCUCCGACUUUACAGACUUCUCAUUCAGAUCCCAGCCGCCUCGAAGCAAUCGAUAAAAUGACACAUCAGUCUUCCAAUCGCAGGAAGUCUUCAGCUUCAGCUUCUUUACUUUCUGAAACCCCUCGAUCAAUGAAUCGCCGUGCAUCUCAUCCGGUAGGAUCAACCAUAGACAAUCUGUAUCCUGUUCACGGUAGUUUGUCUCAUGCAGUAAGUCCAUAUAACUCACGGAAGGCAUCGAUUACUUCUCAAAAUAGCUCCAUUUCAUAUGUGAGUUCGAGCUCGGACAGGAUGGGCAACUCCGUCAAUAGGCAGCAGUCAGGUGAGAGCAACCUCAGCCUUUCAAUGGCAGGGAUUGGUACAAUUAAUGUCAACUUGCCACCACCCCAGCCUAUGCCGAACGAACCAGUCCCCACGCUACCUCAUCCUAUUCAAAGCGAUAUAUCCAGUUCACGUGCGUCGGCCAAGAACAGCCCUUUGUCAUCCCGCAGAUCAUCACUAUAUCACGAUGCUUUACAUUCCAUGUCAGUUCCGAUUUCACAAGCUAUUGCAUCCCAGAAUAUCUCUGCCACUGAUAACGGCACGAGCUCUGAUGGUGAGGCUUAUUCGUUUCACAAGCGUUCUAUGGAUAGACAACUGAUGGAAGACAACUUAAUAGACGUGGAACUCGAUCCCGACUCCUUGAAUCAUACAUUUUCCAAGUCGCCGCUAACAAAGAACGCCUAUACUUCACGUGAAAGUAGCUUUUACGGAAAAUUUCCUUUUCAGCAGGAGGAGGCGAGACCUUCGUGGGUUUCCGUCGACGACAGUAAUCUAAGUGGCGCCUCUACAGCGCCAAAUGAACUAGAGCCCUUACUUUUGCCGAGGUCUCUGUAUAUGCCAUGGCCUACAUCAACUGUCCGCGCCUUUGCCGAAUUUUUUUACACCGGUCAAGUGAAUGGCAAAUGGUUGUUUUCUCCCAUUUCGUUGAAUUUAUUUGUGAUGGCUAAACUGUAUGAGGUACCUUUGCUCUACGACUUGAUGUCAGAAGUAAUAUAUUCGAUCAUUGGCAAGAAAGAGGAAAGCCUACUUGUCACUGCAGAGUCACUGAAACGUCUUUUUUUAUUGAAGGUUACCAAGCGAUUUUUUGGAGAUGAAGAGACUAUUAAGAUCACUUUAGACAAUCAUAACACUUAUCAAGAGUUUUUAGAGUUUGAGCAAUCUUUGAAGAGCAUUGAUGACGGAUACUUUGAUUUAAAUCUGAUGAAGAACGGUUUAAGAAAAACGUCCACUGGUACCAAUGAGAGUAAUGAUAGCAUGUAUGGUGAUAAAUCAACUUCACGCGAUAGCAGAGAUGGUACAUUACCUAGCAUACCAAUCUUGUUCGCAGGUGGUCCAAGAGAUAGUCACAAUUCGAUUGGUUCCGUCGGAUUCCCCCCUAACAUGAACUUUCCAUCUCAUAAGUUGUCUCAUUCUUAUGCUUCAAAACCAAAUAAGAAAUCUAGUCUAAGCAAAGAGGUGAAUCCAUGUUCAAGUAGUAGUUCGUUAGGAGAUGAAGUUAAACGAGAGGAAUUAGAAGCUUUAAAGAAUGAAAGUUUGAGGGAGGAAAGCAACGAUUCGAAGCUUGGCCCGAAAAGUGAAAAAGAAGACGAGAUUCACUCGGAAGAGGCAGAACAGCAGAAAUUGAAAAACAUGUCCCAAGGGGAGGUAGCAGAGCUAGAUACAAGGCUGUUAGACGUGAGAACGACAAACUGCACUGAUGAAACAGAGGAGUGUCAAGAACCAAGUGAAAUACUGGCUGCUGGAAAUACUCAUGAUGAUAAUAAGAAGGUGUAUUCGUCAUCCAGUUCCGACUCUGGGGACCUAGGCAUCGCUUUUGGAAGCGAAGCAACUUCCAAAAUCGAGAAAAAAAUGCGUCAAAGAGAUGCAGAUGAAUCGGUUGAUCCUUUGGCUAAGAUUGGAGAUUCUCAGCUUCCAUCGAUCAAGAACAUUUUGUCAUAUUUCCGGCAGGGCGACAAGUCCUAUAAGCAAGAUACUUCUCCUAAUAAUGUUGAGAUGUUAACGCUUGACAGUAUGGCAUCGCCCAAUGCUCUUCCUCCGAUUGAUUACAUUUUGGAACUUAUUUACGAUACUUCAGUGCUCGCAAAUGAUCUUCGACUUAUUAUCAGAUCUAUGAGCUGUAUCAAGUUAUCUAAAAGGCUGAAAGUCCUGAAGAGAAAACUCAGUCAUGAUAUUGUCUUGUAUGACGAAGAAUUCAAGAAGCUUGAAAAGCCGCUUGACAUUGUUGAACGGGUUCCCACAAACCCAGCGGGAAAAUUGCAUGAAAAGGUUCCGCCUACCGUAAAAUUACCGGAUACAUUGACCCCCACCUCUUCUUCGGAAAAAUUAGCAAAAUCACUGUCAAGCAUAAGUUUCGACAAAAGAAGUCCACUGCAAAUCAGCUCUGAUGCAUUAAGACGAAGUGCGGGCUCUUCUGCUCACAGCUCUACUAGAGCUCUUUCGUCUGAAGGUAAUUUUCCGGAUCAAGAAGCGCCGGCCGAAAAGCAGAGCAAGCCCGCAGCAAACGCUCCGAAGGUUGUGAAGUUGAAAAAGGUUAAUUCCCACCUCGCUUCAAGUGGUCUUACUGGGGCAGGAAUGUUCAUGGGAGGGUCAUUUGGGUUAACUCCGGCUCCUUCGGCCUCUGGUGCUAAGAAAAAAAAGGACAGUACAAGCAGUAACACAAGCGGCCUGGGAAACUUUCCUUUCUUUGGCAAAAAGAAAUAA